GGAGUGCAGGCUGCAGGUUUGGCGUUGUUUUAGGUGGUGUUCUGCACGCUGGGUAGUGAAAUUAAUCAUUCAUCACUCGUGGCCGCUAAAUGAAGUGUAUAGGGUGCCAAUGUGUAUUUGUUUAUGUGUGUGUGGACGAAAUAUGACGGAAUCCGCAUGCCCGGUGCAGGCUCAGGCCGUAUUGCACUCGGACAUCCAGUGAGUGUCGGCGAGCGAUGGGCUUCUCCGGAGAGGGCGAGGCGGGCGCCGCGGAGACCGAGCCCGGCUGCCCGGCUCUCGACAGGAGGCACGUCGCAGCGCUCCUGCAGGCCAGCGAGGAGGUCGGCAGGAAGGACGGAGAGCCUUACGAGAUCCACGUCAAGGCAGGUUGGGAGGAAGCAGCACAAGGCUGGGGAAGGUCAUCUCCAUUUGCUUGUUUAUUUCAGUCUCCGAAGAAAGGCAAGAAGCCCAAUCAUGUAGACGCUGAGUACCACUGCCUGCUUUGCGUUGAUGUAGUACAGCUUUCGCAGUUGCACAGCUCUGAUCCCUUCGACAGUUCAGCCCCAGAUUUGCAAAAACCGGGCUCCAGUUCGUCUUCAGACAGUCCGCUUGAAAGGCCUCUUGCCCCUGCCAUUCUCCACAAGAGAUCUGAAAGCCAACCUCGUGCCACUUCUGCUCCAAACAAAGAAAGCUACACUCCUGAGGUGUAUGACACACAUUACUUUCGGUUGCUGUGUAAACAAGUUAAAAAGCCGUCUGUGACUGAUGCCAGAAGACCAGUAGACACGAAGCUGUGUGUUCCUGGUGAAAUUACAGCCCUGCAUUACACAGGGGUCAGGCCUGAGCAGUGGCCAUCGAUGAAAAAGAGGGACAGGGAGGAGGUCCUUGUAGUUAAUAGCUUUGCUGUUUUGCCACCUGUGAAAUCAUCAGGUUCUAGUAAACCAGGGUGCCAAUAUUCUGCUGUCAGAGGUGAGUUUUUUCCUAGCCGAUCAGAGACUGGAACCGGAGGUCAUGGAUCGUCCGAUCUGCUUGAAGCAAAGGAGCGGAAUGGUGUUGAAAGAGGUGAAGAAGUCACGCCAGACACACACAACAUGGACAUUCAAAAUUGCCAGGAAGAGGAGGCUUCUCAUACAUCAGGGCCUCUUGAUCCGGUGGUUUGGCACUGGCAGCCUCCCAUCUUUCCCGGAAAACAAUUUUUCACAUCUUUUAGCAUCCCUGCCUCCAAGAAAAGUGACAUCUCUUUUACUGCCACUGGGCACAUGCCAUCUCGGGUCAUGCACAACACUGGAAGAAAUGUUAAGCAGGAUGAUUCAAGUAGGCUGGGUUUAAGUAAGAAUGGUCAUAACCACAAGGUUUACAUAGGACUGAAGCCUAAAAAUGCAAUCAAACAAUCUGAACCCGAGCUACCUGUAUUGUUAGGAACCAGGGUUAGAAUACCAGCAUCUUCUCAUCGGCUCCUGUGAGCAGAACGUUUCAUGAUAGUAUUAAUGUCCUUCUGCUUAUUAAGUCUUUUUUGGGAGUUGAUUGUUAGGUAAGGACUAAACUAACUAGUUGUGAAAUCAAGUGUAUGACAAAGGAUGUGAUUAUGAUUAACUGGUCACCUUCAGAAAUAAAAGAAAGAUGAGAAUUUAAAGACCAGUGAUCAAAGUGAAUUGUUUCAUUUUGUGUGGGCAUUUAGUAACUGAAUACGUUAUCUGAAUCUUGAGUGAUAUUUAUCAUUUGCAAAUGGUGUUUGCACUCUGUUGUUACUGUUCCUAGGAGUCAUAGAAUAAAUAACUAUUCGUAUUCUUUAAGAAAAA